GCAUCCUAAUAGACCUCAUCUGCACUGAAGCACAUCAUCAUGCUGAUAAAAGUUAUAAAUACCCGCGCGCUUUCUCUCUCUGACCCAAGAUGAAAGUCUUCGAGCAGCAUCAAGGAAUUCUAAUCUUCACUCAGGAAUCAAGGUGCUAUCACCAUCCCCAUCAAGAUGUCGGGCCUAGCAACAGACGACACAGGAACCUACGAUAUCACCGGUAUCCCGGUCAUACAGGAUUACCAGUAUAAAACCAAAAACAUCCCCUAUGCUCCUGGGAUCCCUUACCGCCGUAACCUUGCUGACUUGUACCCUUCAUUUGAACCGGAAUUACAACGGCAGUGGACGCUAUUCGUUCUCGCACUGGAACGAUUCAAGGCUCUUCCGGUUGACCAGAAGCUCUCCUACUUUCGAAUCGCCGGAAUUCAUGGAUAUCCGGAGACAGACUGGGACGGUGCGGACCCGCCACCUCACGAAAAGCCUGACCCUAAGCCAGGCGACAAUCCGUAUGGGGGGUACUGUCAACACAACACCAUCACGUUUCCAACGUGGCACCGGCCUUACCUCCUGCUAUUUGAGAAACGUAUUUGGGAGCAUAUGAAAGAGAUCAUCAAGGAAUGGGACCUCGACGAGGAGCGGGCGGAUCUAUGGAACACUUCCGCAGAUUCAUGGCGGUUGCCCUACUGGGAUUGGGCACAAAAGCAGACGUACAACAACAGGUUCUCGUUGCCGUUUGCCUGCAUUACGGAAACUGUCUACAUCUUUCUGCCUCACGGACCCGCCGCCCAUCCGAAUCCCCUCUGGGGGUUUGUGAAUCCUGAAAAAGGAGAUGACGGAAAGCCAUUGAAAAUGGGGGAGAUGCCGGCUGGAAAGGAGAAGUGGAAUAUUAACGACGGCAUAUCCAAAGAUGAACCUAAAUUGCCGUGGAGUCAAUGUACUGGAGUGAGCCGUUACGGAAUUCGAACAAGCGACGGCGGAAAGACUUACGAGGGCCUUGAGGGGAGGAAUAACUUCGAGAGCGCCAACAAUUCCCUAGCCUCGUUCUCUACGAAGGCCUACAACCCAUACCCGAAAGGUACAUGGGAGCAUGACCACUGGGUAGCUCCUGGGGAUUUGGCCGAUGCCGUCGGCCGCUUGCUCUCACCAGAAUACAAUAACACCUGGGGAACAUUCGCGAGUACUAAAUGGGUGGCUGAGGGAGCAGAAAAACGCCCCACGAGGUAUAUGUCCCUAGAAUACAUUCACAACAACAUUCAUAACCUGGCGGGUGGAACCGAUAUGGUAGGGUCUGGGCUUGGGCAUCUGUCUGAGGUGUCGGUGUCAGCUUUUGACCCCUUGUUUUGGCUCCACCACUGUAAUGUCGAUCGACUCCUUGCGAUCUGGCAAUCGCUGAAUUGGGAUCUUUGGUGGGAUAGGAAAGAGCCGGAUGGCAACGGACAAAAUGUCGAGGAUCCGACCGAGACCGAUCCCCUCAAACCCUUCCACAACAAGGAAAACGGCGACCCGAAAGCCGAUUUCUGGACCUCGAAGGAUGCGCGCGACUGGACGAAACUCUGGUAUCAGUACGACGAUCUCGCGCCCAAGGCUUCCGCUCUCGAAGAAGACGGCACGUUGAACGAGCGAGAGUACAUUCAUGACCUGCGCGACCACAUCCGGGACAUCUACCCGAGCACCCCGCAGUACAUCUCGACACUCUACGACAGCAUCAAGAGGAAUCACAAGAAUUUCCUCGGGCCCAAGACCCCGGGUGAUGGGAAUUGGAACGAUUACAUUGUCAAUAUCGACUACGACCGCUACGCGCUCGAAGGCAGGUCGUACUCGAUCGAGCUCUGGCUCGGCGGCGAGCCGAACGACCCAGCGAGCGCGUUCGCCGAGGCGAGAAACAUGGUCGGCCACGUGUACGUCUUCGGGGGCCUGAACCCCGCCGCCCCCGGUUCCGCCGGCGGCUGCGCCAACUGCGGGCUGCAGCGAGAGCAGAGAGUCCUGUCCCGAGGCCAGGUGCCGCUCACGAUCCCCCUCAUCCUCCAGGCCCUGGACAAGAAAUACAAGUAUAUCACCUCGCUGGACCAAGAAGAGGUGUACGAGUACCUGUUCAACCACCUGCACUGGAGAUUCAUCCAGGCCGGCGGCACCGAGAAGCCAGCCGACAGAUUCCCCAAGACCUUCAUUUCCGUCUGGGCCGGCGAGGGUAUCCCGGAACGCCACCGCGAGAGGCUGGUGGGCGCGCCCGGGGCAGGUCCGGAGAAGCCUGCGCGUCAGUACCACAGGUACAAGGAGAGCUAUUCCUCCAAGCAGAUACGGAAUUGGAUCCCACGAAGUGACUAGGCGAGAAUCACUUCCGCUACCACGAGAUCUUUGAGAACGAGCAGGUCUACAGAAAGUGGUAUCGGGAUGACCAAUGUGGAAUUGGUUGGUUCCUGUGAGAACUUGAUGGAGGUUGCCGAAAAUUGGUCCGUUUGGUGUCAGUAGCCAGAUAGAAGACAGCCAUCUUUACACACUCCUUUUAUAGUAACAUUCUAUUCGGGCUGAAGAUAUGGACAGUGAAUUAUGUGAACCCCUGAGAUACGAU